AUGUCCCUGACUGCAAGUGACAAGGCUGCUGUCCGUUCCAUCUGGAACAAGGUUUCCCAUCAGGCCAGUGAACUAGGUGGUGAGAUUAUGGACAGGCUUUUCACUAACCAUCCCCAAACCAAACAUUUAUUUAGCCACAUUGACCUGACUCCUGGCUCUGCUGACAUCAAAGCUGAAGGGGGAAAGCUUAUGGAUGUUAUUGGAAAUGCAGUCAAUCACAUGGAUGACCUUGCUGGCAACCUGUCAACUAAAAACCUGCCUGUAUACAAACUUUGGACAGAUCCAAAAACCAAUAAACAUCUUCCAGUAGAUCACUACCUAAUUGAGCGCCCUAAUCGAUGUCCAAGAAGGGCAAACCCCCGGAACCAACAGUGGACGGAAAACUGGGAAUCUGCACCAGUUCUUCACGUCCCCGGCCGUCUCCACACAUUCAUCCAUGGCUAA